AUGAAUCGGGCAGAAACACGAAGACAGAGAUACUGUGACUUUUUUCGCAUUUCACUUAGAUCAAAUGGGGGGAACGAGAGGACCGAAGGAUUUAAAAAUCUAGUUUCAACCCUCUCUACGUGGCCGCCUUCUCAAAUCUCAGCCCAGGGCCAUGACGCGGAAGUCGCCUCCCUUGUGGGCAGCCACGGGGUCCGGGGACCCAGCCAGGUGGACCCCGGACCGCGUCCUAGAGUGGACGGCGCAUGCUCAGGAGGAAACGGCGCACACGCCGGCGGCGGACCGAGGCCGGCUGGGGGCGGGGGGGGGGGGGUCACGCGCUUGCGCACGCGCGCGGGGACACACAGGCGGAAGUGGCGCGUGGGAGCCGGUGUUGCGAGCACCUUCCGGGAAAGCGGCCGUCGUGGUGGGAAAUGCAGGAGUAGGAGAGAAGGAGGAGGUAGAAGAGGAGGUGAUGGCGACGGACCUGGGGAGGGGGAGACGUUCCGUCUGGCUGAGGCGCCACCCGGGCUAGGGUCACCCUUCCAGGUGACAUACCGGCUCUGGGGACUUGACACAGCAAGCAAAAGAAAGAACAAAAGAGAGGAAACAAAGAUCACUUUUAAAAGCAUUGAAUACAGCAAAAUAACAAUGGAUCUCAAGUUUAACAACUCCAGGAAAUAUAUUUCUAUUACUGUGCCAUCCAAAACCCAGACAAUGUCACCACAUAUCAAGUCUGUUGAUGAUAUUAUAGUUCUUGGCAUAAAUCUCAGCAAAUUUAACAAACUUACUCAGUUUUUCAUAUGUGUUGCCGGAGUUUUUGUAUUUUACCUAAUUUAUGGAUAUUUGCAGGAAUUAAUAUUUUCAGUGGAGGGUUUUAAGUCCUAUGGCUGGUACCUUACUUUAGUGCAGUUUGCCUUUUACUCCAUAUUUGGCCUAAUAGAACUUCAGCUUAUUCAGGACAAAAGGAGAAGAAUACCAGGAAAAACCUACAUGAUAAUAGCUUUUCUAACUGUGGGUACUAUGGGGUUAUCAAACACUUCUUUGGGCUACCUGAAUUAUCCUACCCAAGUCAUCUUCAAGUGCUGCAAAUUGAUUCCUGUUAUGCUAGGAGGAGUUUUUAUUCAAGGAAAGCGUUACAGUUUUGUGGAUGUGUCUGCUGCACUGUGUAUGAGCCUUGGCCUGAUAUGGUUUACCCUAGCUGAUAGCACAAUUGCACCAAAUUUCAACCUGACAGGUGUGAUGCUUAUUUCCCUGGCACUAUGUGCAGAUGCUGUCAUCGGAAAUGUUCAAGAGAAAGCUAUGAAACUGCAUAAUGCUUCUAAUUCUGAAAUGGUUUUGUAUUCGUAUUCGAUUGGUUUUGUGUACAUUUUAUUGGGGCUGACAUGCACUAGUGGAUUAGGCCCUGCAGUAACGUUUUGUUCAAAGAAUCCAAUUCGGACCUAUGGUUAUGCUUUCCUAUUUUCUCUCACUGGAUAUUUUGGAAUCUCCUUUGUUCUGGCUUUGAUUAAAAUUUUUGGUGCACUUCUUGCUGUAACAGUGACAACAGGGAGAAAAGCAAUGACCAUUGUACUUUCAUUUAUAUUCUUUGCUAAACCAUUCACAUUUCAGUAUGUGUGGUCUGGUUUGCUAGUUGUCCUCGGUAUAUUUCUCAAUGUUUACAGCAAAAAUAUGGAUAAAAUAAAACUGUCAUCACUGUAUGAUCUGAUAAACAAAUCAGUGGGAGCAAGGAAGUCAAGGACAUUGGCACAAACUGUGUAGGCAGUGAUUUGUCCUGCAUAACACAGAACAUUAAGGGAACAAUUGUCAAUUAACUUUCCAAAGGGAUUGUUGUGAAAACCAAAGGCGUUGGAGGCAUUGCUACCUGUUUGUGGAUGGAUUACAUAUGAAGCAGUUUUGUGGUGUCAGCCUUUACUUCUGAACACUUGUUUGAGUUUGAAGCAAUCAAGAAAGCCGCAUCUAGCACACCUUGCAAUAAAAUGUCAAUAUGAAAGGCCAUAAUUUCUAGCAGUUUACUGAGAAUUUCACUGGAAAUGGACCAUGUUUCAAGACUAAUUGGAUAUUAUUAUGCAUUAUAGCAUAUCAAAGAAAUUGAUAUUUAAUAGCAGGUUGCUUUAUCUUAAUUCCAUUUUGGUGGUGUUAUUUAAAUUGAUUCUCUGUUGUAAGAGUAAACUGAUGAGUUAGUCUGGAGAGAAUAACAUUCAUUGUAAAUAAAAUUAUUCCUUGAUUUUUUUU